UUAGGUCUGGAUCAUUUAGACCAAGGAUGCAGAGACCAGAACUUAAGAUCGCCCAUGUGUGCCAUGGUUCUGCUCGCCUAUCACAGUGUAAUAACUUAUUACCUUGGUAAGUGGUCAGAUUUACAGCUUUAAUUACCUUGGUGAGUGGUCAGAUUUAUUACUUAUUGUGGUCAGAUUUAUCAAAGGAAUUGUCUUAAAAUGUUUACUGUAUAGUAGUUACUACGUUUGUGCUGCUUUGUGGUCAGAUCUAUCAAUUUAAUUGUCCUGAUAUGUUAAGUGUGUGACUACAUUUGUGCUGCUUUGUGGUCAGAUUUAUCAAAAGAAUUGUCUUUAGAUUUUUACUGUAUGACUACAUUUGUGCUGCUGUAAAAAGCUGCGAAAUUAAGCAAACGACAGUUUGAAACCUGAAAAAGGCACUUGGUGUUUGCAGCGUUAGGUACAUCGACUUGACUACUAUUCUGCCUGCAGAAGAUUAUGUUGUGAGCAAAUAAUCUCUCAACUUUAGCUGAUUUCUAAGCACUCUAAGGUCUCCUUUUACGAACUUUAACAAGUGCUCAUAGUUGUAGCACACAGAAAAUCUCACUGUUCCAGGCCUGCGUUUAUAUCUCUUGAAGUGCCACUCUAAGCACUAAGAAGCGGUCAAGUAAACAUUUUAAAAGAUGAAAUUCUCGUUAAAAUGUAAAAUUCUUCAGUCCACUUUAAUAACUUUCGAUGCUAAUUAGUUACAUUAACUAAUUUUGGUUCCAACUUAUAGAGCGUGCGAAACAGGUCGUAUGACAAAGAGGAGAGUUUGCACAAUCACGUCUCGCAAUACAUCAAGCAGGGUUUGUCCAGUUAAUUUUGAUGGUCGCAGGGAAAUGUCGAGUUUGUCGCUCAAAACCGUUGUGGUCCAUUAGAAUGUAACAUUAUUGAUGACGGAAACAAAUUUGCAGAAAGGAGGGUUAGUUCAUCGGGUUCCGUCUACUAAAUCUCGGGAAAAACCUGCAAGAAUUGUUUCAGAGUGUAUGCGUGUUAUUUUGUAAAUAUAAACACUGCAACCUAUUUUAACUUGUCUUUGUGUCCUUUUAAGCAACGCGAUAUGUCUGUUAUGACCAGAGUGCCAAAUUUUAUUCUUUAAUUUUGAUCUUCUCCACACUGUGCGUAGUUCAUGACCUGAUAUUUCAACGUAAAUUAUUGAGAAGGCGCCUUCCGAUCACCUUUGUCUACUUUGUAAGUCAUGCAAGCGCGCAAGCGUUACGACCGAUCACGUUUACGCAACGUUUUAGGACAACUCGGCAUCUAAUCUCCAUUCAGUUGCUGUGAAAACCUAAAAUCCUCAACGUAGAAGAUAAACGAACGAAGUUUGAACGGUCAAAAGGAGAUCUUGGUCAAUUUUAAGAAUCAUGCAAAUGAUCUUUGACACAAGCGCAGUUGAGCAAACACAUGGAUUUGCGUUGUUUUAAGAGGUUGGUGAAUGGAAGCUAGAGAUAUACCCGCGGGUUUGAGGCAAUCCGUGACCUCAUUGGUGUAUAAACUAUGCACUGAUAUGCUUUUUCAGCCUGAUUAACGCCUGCAUUUUGAGAAUUCUUUCGUACAAAGUAGUGAAUUUUUGAUAUGCAAAUUAAGGUCGUAGAGAAGGGUCUGCUCUGAUCACGCUGGUAUGAAAAACAUUUUAGCUGAAGUUUCCAUAUUUUGUCCGUGAACUAACUGAAUACAUCUUGUAACUUGUAGCGAGAUAGUAUUACGUGAGCUACAUUGUUGCAGUCACUGCGCGCUGAACAAAAUCUUUGAAAUUUACAACACAGGAGUGGUCUGGCCAAAAAUCAUUUUUGACUUGUGGCGACGCAAAAAAAGAGAAUUGGAGAACAACUCAACUAUUUUUUGAAACAUGUGUCCUAAACCCUUUUCAUGGGCAAAAAAUAAAAGAAAACUUUUUUUUCCGACGGGAAGUCAAGAGGACCGCUCUUAGCGAGAGUGGCACUUAAGUAAGUUCAUAACAUAUUUGAGAAUGAAGACAUUGCAACAGCUUGCUACUUGACUGUAGUAAUAAUACGUUUAUUGUUAUCGUGCAGCGUACGUUAACAUUUAUCAAAGUAAACUACGAUAAUAUGAAGACUUCAUAAAUUCCCAUGCAUUUUUCCUAAACUCACAAAUUACAAACAAACGCAAUUUCGUCGGAAUCCCUUUUCCUACUCUGCUCGAGUGGUUAUGAAUUUGUAAAUUUGCAUAUUACUCAGACAUGCAAUUUUGUUCAGACAUGCAAAUGAAAAUCUGUUGAGUUCAUCUAAUCAAAGAAUAAUAUUUAUUGAAAUUGUAGUACAAACAGUAUUAUUUUUGUGCAAAAAUGUUGAACACGAGCGCUUUCUCAACACCCUGUAAAAUUGAUGUGCACAAGUUGCGUACUAAAUUGUCCUAAAUGCCAGUAGAAAAACUAGAUUUCUGCUCUGAAGCACAGAGCGUGGAAGUACAAACAAUUCACUGAAGUCAGUCAGAUGCCUACCUACUUUUAAACAUACCUCCACCUAUAGCAAUCAAUCCUAAGAACUAUAAUAAUGUUUUCAUUAUCAGUUUAUCUUUUGCUGCCUAUUGUAUGUUGAAUAAGUUCUAGUUUGCGCUUUCCUUACUGUCGUCCUUACUGUCUUCCUCGCUGUCUUCCUCUUUGACUUCUUCGCUAUUUUCAUCAUCUUUAUUACCUUGAAAAUAGUGGCGUGCAUCUUUCUCGUUCUUUAAGUUCAUUACUUCUUUGAAAUAUUCAUCUGGAAUGUUGAAGGGCUGGAUCAACUCCUUCAAGCGGGCAGUGUGUGGUCGGUCUUUACCUUCUAAAAUUUCUCGCACAAUGCAGGUGACACUGACUGUGCUAUUGAACUGAUGCUGUUCCCUCGGCCGAGCAGUAAAUGUGGUGUUUAUCUCAAUCACCUCCGUGCAGUUGUUGCGGAAAAUAAGCAUCAUACUUGGCAUACUACCUUCAUCAUUGAUGUUUAAGUUUUCCAAUGUAUCUUGUAUUCGAAAAUGUGGGUAGAGUUGAUCGUAUUUCCACCAGUAGUGUCUCGCUGUACACCGGUCAUUUGCGAGACUGAAAAGCGGGUGUAUCAACACCUCAAGUUGCAGCUUGGCCUGGUUCCUAGUAUUCGAUCUGGGCCCGAUUUGCGGCCACCAAGCUCCAUUAAUACCUGCCGCUUUCAGCAUGCACAUACGUAAAACUGCUGAUGCCGUUCGACCAAAACUCUCGAAGGCCAUGAUGGGUGCAUUUUGACCACCAAACCUCAACCUGUGAACUUCUUGUUCAUCGUUACUUUCUAUAUCUUCAAUAGAGGCUCUUUGACAGUGUGUCACUUCCAAUCGUCUAUUGCGUCUUAACUCCUGGAGAGCGAGAAGGACUACAUUAAACGCUGGGUCCGUUUGAACGAAGAUAGUUUCUCCUUCCAUCAUCUUUUUCUCGCGAUAAGGGCGUGAUGCGAAUAGGUAAGUGGGUGUUGGUGCGGGGUUUUUACAGGGUUUCUGUCAUAAAUGCUUUUAUCUGAUUGGCUAAGCUACACAUCAUAUUGUCCAUGGUAGAUAAUGAGUAGUAUGAGUCGCGUGUGCGAUCGCAGGCGGUGUACGCACUCCGAUUGUGUUGCAUUAUGGUAGCGUUAUUUUCAAUAUGGCUGUGAAAGCGGCAGAAAUCGGCAGAUUUUGUCUGAACGUUCCGUAAAAACUGGACCGUUCCUUUUUUUCUUUCACCAUAGGUACAUGAAAUUUGAUUGAUUCUUAAUUUGUAGAAGUAUUUUUGUACGUAUUUGUCUUGUAUCCAAUGGUUCUCAAGGACAAAUGCAAUCACUGUUUUUUAGUAUGUAACUUGAGACCGGUUUUCGAGAAGGUCAAAUUCGGGGUACGUCUCAGUUUGAAGCCUUUCAAAGAUUUGAAUGGCCGCUUUGAUCCUUCUUUAACAGCUCUGACUAAACGCUCUCCAACGUGUUUUAUGAAUUUCAAGUGAUAUUGUUGGAGACCGGUUAUGACCGUUAACACAGCGUUACUAUUGUAAGGACAUUCCUAUAUAUACUCAGUCGUGUUGUAAAUCUACUUUCCUAAGCAAAAGCAAAUUAACUAAUAGCGAGUAUCUUAUGGUAAAUCUACUUUCUUGAUCAUUGAAUGAAGGACAGUUGAAUUAGAGCAGUGAAAGGAAUCACUUGACUAAUGAAUAACUCUACAUUGCGCGAGGCGACACGCCUGGUGAGCCGGAAAACAAAAGGCAGUCGACUGUUAAAAGGUGUUGAUAGGCUUGUGUGACUCCUGCCAAAGUCAUCGUAGGUAUCUCGUUAGGUGUUGAGCGAAUUCGUCACGGGGGAAUUACAGGAGUCGCGCAGGCCCGGAAACAACUUUUUACUUUCGAAGGAACGGUAACAGACAGUGAAUCCUCAUUACAUUCCACUUAUAUUCACGCUACCUUGUUGCCACCAAAGAUGUUCACUCAACCGCGACAGGAUGCAAAUGACUUACUUUUUGUAUUGCGACCAUGAUGCAACGUAAUCAGAGUGCGCACACCACCUACUGCGAUCGUAAACAAUGAAUGAGUUGCCAGUAAUCGGAUCCUUGCGUUUACGCAGAGAUUUCUGUGAUCGCCACCGGGCAAACAUUGCAAGUUGCAAGGAGGAAAGGUAUAUAUACAUACUGAGAGAUUUUACGCCGUUAGUUAACAGCUUAAAAUCUUAUAGUAUGUACACCGACGCAGAUAGUGGCGUGAACCCGUGGGAAACGUUUGAUCGUGUAAUCUGAACGUCCGGGUGAGGGUAGUCCAAUAUGAGAAGGACUGUGUUAAAAACGUGAAAAAGCUGUACUACGCUUCCUUAUUAAGUCACGGUUUAUUCACUUGAUUUAACGCCGGAUUUUACUGCAACACUUUGGUUAACUCCAACUCACAACUCUCGGCUUAUUUGAAAGAAACACGCACUAAACGUCCCGUUGUAAGCACGUUGAACAGUGCUAUAUAAGGGACGAUACAACGCGUGCCGCAUACAUGUUUGUUUGGUUAUGUAGAGAUAAAUGAAAUCACUAGUGAAUGUCAAUCAAAUUAAGAAUAAUUAACGUAUUGUACAGUAUCCAACAACUGUUGUCGGCAGCACCAAGGGCCUGUUUACAUGGAUGUGGGGAACCCCAGCUGGUAGGUGAGGUAACCGGCCUAGCCAUGGUCGAAAAAUAGCCCGCGUUUACAUACGAUCUUACAACCCCUGGAUGCCGGGUGAGGUUUCUCGAGGUUGUUAUUACACUUGCAACUAAGAAGUUUAAAAUUCGGGUCACCCACCUAUCAUGUAAACGUGAUCAAGAUAAAAUAAGAGGUUCUACGUGGGGUCCCCUACCUCCAUGUAAACAGGCCCUAAAUGCCGCUUCUACAACCUUAGCGAUCAUCAGAGUCGAGUGAUGACUUCCGCUGAGAUCAGUGUCAACCACCGUCAACAGUCCCCACAGGACUACAUUCACCCACCCGCGAUCAGAAUAUGCAAUCACAAAAUUAAAACAUCACAAAGUAGAAGUUAUAGUUAAUAUGCAUCUAUCGCCUUUUUCGUUGAAAAUAAGUUAUUUAAAUGGUCCUCUUUCACUGGAGCUUGUUUUUGGGAAAAUAUGAUUUAUGGAAAUUUGCUGCGCGUUGUGUUUGCUUUUCCGGUUCUCCAAAAUUUUAACUUUUGGAUAGGCACGCGUUACACACAGGUUGGGUUAAGGAUUCGUAAAAUGGAAACGCAUUUGGUGAGAGGAGUUGCUAAUACUCUAACGAAUAUAGUCAUUCUUAUUAAUGGAUACCCUACCUACGGUCAUCGAAAAAAAAAAUCCUGUUUCCUUAAAAAACUUUAUAGAAAUUCUCUGUUUAAAACAAGAGUUCUACUAGAACAAGAAAGAUGGUAAGUUUUGAGUUCGGUAGAGAAAUAGCGAAAGAUGGGUUUUCGUCUUGUCACUAGCAUGGGACAGAGGUCUACUCUGUUGAGUUUCAACUUAUUCUAUUAAUUUGAAGCCUUUAUUGAAAUAUUGUCAUUUAUUCCGGCAGGAAACGGCGAGGGAGAUGUUACGUACGCCGAGGAAAUUCUUCAGCCACAUCUGAAGGCGUUUCCGAAGGUAUUUUAAUCAAAGAACUGCACUUAUCAUGCACUAUUGCCGUAAUUCUCGGGCAAUUGUUUGGAAACUCACAAUCUGAUUGGCUGUAGAGGAAUGUCGUACCAGUGUAACCAGGCCCUCCUGCUCCUCACGUCGUUCUUGAUGCCUUUGAACUAAAAAAAGAUGUACAUGUAUCACGAACAUAUCGCACAAAUGAUUGACAAGGUGCUGCAGUCAGAUUUGAUGAGACAAAACCGGCAAUAUCACAGGAAUAAUGCAGCAAAGAGAGCAGUUUCCAAUGACACGAGCUAUAAAUUGUACUUACAGUUCAUUCGCGUUUUUUGAAACAUUUAAAAUGCGACUUCUCAGCCUUCCACUUGGAUAAGAUGCAAAUUUCUCCUCACAGUAUCACCCCUGGAUCAAACAUUAAGGUCACAAUAAUAAGGGAAACGACUAGAAGUAAUUAUUGAUUGUUAAAUAAAUUCUCCUUUUCAGCACCUCAGGAAUGUAAAGAGAACGGUUUGGAGAAUAUGCAUACUGAUACAAGGGUAUAAAGGAUAAAAGAUGCUUACCAUCCUAGUGUCGCAAAUUUGCUGUCUUAGCUGCGUCCUUUUUUUCUACAAGGACUUGGCAAAAUUGACGGUUGGUUAUUAGUAUAUAUAGUCUCUGGGGUAACCGUGUGUCUAAUAUUUUUCUUUGAAACCCUUUUAUUAUUUUAGGGAGCGAUAUUCUUGUACUACGCUGGUCGUAUAAAACAAGUUCAAGGAAAGUCGGAUGAGGUCAGUGAUGAUGCAAACGAAGCAGAUCGACUCAUUAAUACAGGGAUUCAUCAUUCUAAAUAAGAAACAUUAUGUUUAACUGUUGUGAUGUGAUACACUGUCACAGCAACACAAGCUCCUGGAGGAUAGGGGCUUGAGAAAAUGAUUCAGUUGUCUCUCAGCACACCCCCCUCUCACUACAUAGUAAGCUUUCCACACAGACAAAAUAAGUGAAGGGAAGGUGUGGCGUGACGUUGCUUAACAUGGGUUAAUCAUGACGUGAUAUGCAGCGUGACUCGACAUGUCACGAAUAGCGUUACACGUUGCGACAUGAUAGUACAUGAAGUGACGUGAUAUGAUUUGGCUGUAAGCUGUUUAUUCUUUUUUUUUUUUUUUUCGUUACAGGCCACCAAAGGCUAUAACGACUCAAUGACAGUACAGUCUGAAUGGAAACAGUUCCAUCAUAUCUGUUACUGGGAGUUGAUGUGGUGUUAUUGGUAAGUUUAUCGUCACACAAGACUGUUCAUUUGUCGUUUAAUUUGUGUCCCCUUGGUCACAGUCACAAAACGUUCUCUAAUGGAAAGUAUAGAUUAAUUUGGUCCUAAAUGUAAUAAAGUCCUAAAUGUAAUAACAUUUAGUCCUAAAUGUAAUAAGCCUCCAAUGCAAUCGUUUGACUCCUGCAGUGCAUUGUUGUCAUGGCGGACAUCCACAUUGAUAUGUUAGUGACAGCUGUUGCACCAAAAAACCGCUGACCAGUAUACAUGUCACAUUAUGGGCUCACUGAUAUCAAUUAGCGUCUUUUUACUUGCUAGACAUAAGAAAUAUCAGCAGUCGAAGUAUGGCCCUUAAAGCGGUUUAUCGAUCGAGGUGAAGAAAAUAAUUUCCAACCCAAAGUGGGCUAGUGCUUGGCUGGAAGCUCAAUAGGCAGGGAUUAGGAAGGCCGUGCGCCAUGCGCGUAUGGCGCAUAAAGCUACGAAAUGGCCCAUUAUAAAAAUACUUACCGGGCCCGUGAUGCGCCCUGACCGCACAAAGCUAGUGAAAUAUAAACUAUUUUGUGAAAGGAUUUUAGUUUGUAAAAGUUUCACUUUGGUGAGACAUAAACAAGCGAAAAACUACGGUGCCUUCGCUCGUUUGAUCACGCUCGCUUCAUUCUUGUUCCCAGAUCCUGAACUCGGACUUUGCAUGCAAAUGAGGCUAUUGCUCGGAGUUCCAUGUACAUGUGCUUUCGUUUUCGAGCAGAGUUCGAGCGUUUUCGUCGCUUUGAAUGUAUUUGCAUCGAUUAGCCUCAUGCCUCCGAAAAAAAUCUUGAGAUUGGACAGCUCACGUUGUCUACAUUUUUCAACACAACGGCGAACUUUUUCUGCCCAGAAUCUUAUCUUGACCAAACUGAGGAAUAGGCUCGCCCCUGAAAUCAGUGAUAAACUACCACGGAUCAGGAUCCAUGGCAAGGGCCUGAAAGAACAUGAUUUUAGCAAGACUCUUGUCAUUUGGCACCAACAAAAAAAGAGAUUUCUUAAGGCUGGUCAGUCUGUUAGCUACAAACUAAAAACAGGAGUCUAAAAUUAAAAUGAGUAACACAGGCACCAAAAUAGAGAAACACUGUAAAAACUGACCAGUUACAAUAACCUUUUCAAAAGGCUAUAGCUUAUUGAAAUGGUUGGUUUAACCUAAACUUAAUGGUUUAAAAUCUGUAACCUAUUUGUUAUUGGCAAAACGAACAAACAUUUACUGUUAUUGAACUUAUUCUGACCUUAAAAUAUGGUUAUAACAAUAAUGGUCAAAACAAAUAAUUUUUUGUUGUCAAAAACAAACUAAUUAAAAAAUAUAACUCAUGUCAGAAACAAUUAUGUUUCAUUUGGUUAGUGUCAGGUUAGUGCAGCUUUUAUAGAAGACCACUGUCAAUUACUGAACUGCCGAAUGGUUGAUAGCAAUUUAUCAUCACCGUUUUGUUCUGGUGGUCACACGACAUUUCAAAAACCUUGAAGAUCACUUCAAGUUAAUAUAGCGGAUGGUUAUUCAUGGCAACGGUUUUUCAUGCCUAAAACCAUGUCUCUGUAUAGGUAUAGACUGUAAUACACAAGCAAUAAACCUUUGUUAAAAUUCUUACUGGCCCAUUUAUUUACCCUAUUGGCCCAAACGUUUUAUAAAUGGCCCAUAACUUUCCAAUGAAAGGGGCCAUAGGCUCAUUUGCCUGUUAAACCUUCCUAAUCCCUGAAUAGGAUGGAAUCGAUUGGUACGUAACCAUUAAGACUUUUUGGAAAAGAAAUUGACUACAAUUGAUGAUGAACUAGCAUGCUAUUGUUGAUGUUAUCGUUCGCGUUAAAGUCUUUAGUAGUGAUGCACCAUUUUAGAGCAGUUUGAAUGAUUUCGCUGUGUCACAUGUUAAUCCAAAAGAAAAUUAUUAUUAUCAGUAGCGUUAUUGAAAUUUUGCACGUCAAUGUUAUUCAGUAUCGAUUGAUUCUGAUGAAGCAUUUGAGUUCAUUUUUAAGAAUGACUAUCCUGAUUUAUUCAAUUUUGAACUUGGGGUAUUGCAUUUCCAGCCCUCUAUGGCUUUACUCCACCUCAGUAAUCAGUUCAUGUACCAUAUGACUAUAAGUGGAAACUGUUGAGCUUUCUUUUUUCAUUCAUCUAUUUAUCUAUUCAUUUUCUCCCCUCACGGCGGGUAGAAGAGGUGAAGACAAAAAAUGAAAUAUAAACUUGAGAUCAACUGUAAAAUAUAUGUUUUCCUAAUAUUUCGGUUCGCGGAACUAAUGAACCCGUCAUAAGGGGCUAAAGGAAAAAAAUGAAUGGUUCAUUAGACCGUCAACUGACCAUCAUGUGUUGAUUGGUGUAGCUCAAUGGUUCAAUUUGACUCUUGCGUGGAAAAAAGGUAACAUGUCAAGACCUGUGAUCGUGAAAUGGGAUAGCAUAUGAUUGGUCAGUCGAUAUCUUGCUCUGCAAGUCACUUUAUCAAAUAGCUAGCAGCGCACGUGGGCAAGAUGAAGUGAAUCCUGUGUUCUGAUUGGCUACCUGAGCGGGCAUGAUGGGCCCACCCUCGCCCGCUCGGGAUACCCCGUAUUGAGCCCACGCAAGAAAACUUACAAAGUUCGUAACUUUUGGACAAUGUUUGCAUAUACAUAGAAAAAAAUAAACGACCCUCUUGGGUUUAUUGUACUGCAAACACAGUUGGCUUUCACUAUUGGCUCUCGAAAUAAAGAGGCCAUUCUUGAUUCUUAUCAAAGCGAAAUCUUUUGCUAUACAAUGAAUCCUUUAAUGAUUAAGCCAAGAGAAUAUAAACUCUCUUGACCAAGCUUGUAUGGUCAAGAUUACUGGAUAUUAGCCUCGUUCUUUUUCUACUUUUUUAUGGACCGUGACCUCGUCUCCGUCCAUAAAAACGCAAAAAAAAAGAACUCAGCCAAUAUAUAGCCAUUUUGACCUCACGCUUGGUCAAUAACGAAUAUGAAUAUAUUUUAUGCAGACUCGUACAAAUCUGGCAAGGGAAGACAGUACAAAGAAUGCCCUACUGAGCCCAGAAUUUGUCUAACGUAUGAGUCGGUGGACUUCUUUUUCCUUGUAAUUCGGUUCAUCAAGUGUUAACUUCAGCACUGAUGACAGAAGUAUUUCGUCAAAAUCUGUUACACUUAAGAGUCUGAGCCAAUGAUAUAGAGAGAGCUAUUAGUCAACGUUCUCGUUGCUUUUGCGUCCGUCAAUUUGAUGCCAAAAGCACAUCAGGAUCAGUAUAAGGUUUUGUAGCCAAUGCUUCUCAACCUACCUCUUUAACAAAUAAAAAGACGCUGAUUAAUAUCAGUGAGCCCGCAAUAUUCCAUAAAUAUUGGUCAGAGGAUUCUUUAGCGCAACAGCUGUCACUUUAACAUUUCAAUGUUAGCGCAGUUAAACGAUUGCAUAGGAGUCUUAUUACAUUUAGGACCGAACGUUAUUACAUUUAGGACCAAAUGUUAUUACAUUUAGGACUUUAUUACAUUUAGGACAGUUAUUACAUUUAGGACUUCAACAAGGUGUAGGUGUGCAGUUGCUCAGAUACUGACGUUGAUCCAAGUUAGCCCUGUGAGAGUCAUACCUCAUACCAUAUACAGUGUGCGCUUGGAGAGAAUACUGACAUUGAUCCGCUAGUUUUUAUACCCCAGCGUUCCUCACAAAAUCUUUGAGAACGUAUUUUUUGAACCGACAGGAAAGACUACGAAAACCAUUUGUUACAAAGCAGACUUCACUUCAGAAUCCACUCAGCGCUUCAAGAAAUCAAACACAGACGCAAGCAGGCGAAAGAAGCAGCUAAAAUGGAAAAAAAGCAAUCCAAACGCUCCAAGAAUGGUGUCACUAACAAUAAUUCCUUAAUAGACGAGAGUCUCUCGCGCCAGGACUCCAACUCGUCCUUUGAGACAGCUCCUGAAUAUUCAUCGGAAGAUGAGAGGGACCUGGGAGAGAUUGAAAGGGAUAGCAAUCCUAAAGGGGAUGUUGUCUUGGAAACCACAGUGUGA